AAAAGGAAAUUUCUAAAGCAAAAGUUCUUUAUGAUUAUGAAGCUAGAAACUCAGAUGAACUUAACAUAAAAGUGGGAAAUAUUAUUUCCAUACUUGAUAAGUCAUUAAAUGAUUGGUGGAAAGCCGAAUAUGAAGGCGUAAAAGGAAUUAUACCAUCUAAUUAUGUGGAAGAAAUUCUUAAUAGUAGCGGACCAAGGAUGAUGAGACAAAAUUCUUAUGAAUUUGGACUUUUAUCAGCGAGUCAUUUACCAUCAUCUAGACCUGGUAGUCCAGUAUCACCAGGACAGGGGCCUUCACCAAUAACAUGGUCAAGUGUAAUGAAUACAGAAAAAAUAGAACAAUUGACAAAACAAGAACAAAAAAGACAAGAAGCAAUUUAUGAAUUAAUCACCACAGAACGAUCAUAUUUACGUGAUUUACAAAUGAUAAUACAAGUUUUUUAUGGACCUUUACAACAAAGGCAACAAAAUUUUUCUUUGACAGAUCAAGAACUUUCAACAAUAUUUUCAAACAUCCAAGAUAUACUAAUAUGCAACACAGAGAUUUUGAGUGAUAUGGAACAGAGACAAAAUGAACAAGAAUUCUUAGUUGAGUGCAUUGGUGAUGUAAUGUUGAAUCAUUCUGAUAAUUUGAAAUGUUACGUUGAAUAUUGUGGUGGUCAAUUAAAAGGCAGUAAGUUUUUACAAAAGAAACGUAGCGAGGAUAAAAAUUUUGAUGAAUUUUUGAAGCAUUAG